AGUCCUGGCCCCAGCACCGCCUCCCGUGCUCUCUGACCCUCUCCUCCAAGCCCUCCGCUGAUCCCGGACGGGAACGCGGGCUGGCACCCCAGCCUCACACUCUGAUCCAGUUGCAGUCACCUGGUCCCGCCCCCGCAGCCAGAAUCAAAGUCCUAGAGUCCAAGGACUUCGCCGGCUAGACGGCGCCGGGACUGCAGGAGCGCAGAUUUUACCCCCUUUGCAUGUGAGUCAUGGCAGCUCCCAUGAAGGGCCAAGUGUGCGUGGUGACCGGUGCUUCCAGAGGUAUUGGCCGCGGCAUCGCCUUGCAACUCUGCCAGGCAGGUGCCACAGUUUACAUCACUGGCCGCCAUAUGGACACGCUGAGGGCCACUGCUGAGGAGGCACAGUCUCGAGGGGGCCAGUGUGUGCCUGUGGUAUGCGAUUCAAGCCAGGAGAGUGAAGUGCAAAGCCUGUUUGAGCAAGUAGAUCGGGAACAGCAGGGGCGUCUGGAUGUGCUGGUCAACAACGCCUACGCUGGGGUCCUGGCAAUUAUAAAUAACACUAAGAAGGCAUUCUGGGAAAGCCCUGCCUCCAUCUGGGAUGAUAUCAACAAUGUUGGACUCAGAGGUCACUACUUGUGCUCAGUGUAUGGAGCACGGCUCAUGGUACCAGCUGGCCGGGGACUCAUCGUGGUCAUCUCUUCCAUUGGGGGGCUGCAGUAUCUCUUCAAUGUCCCCUAUGGUGUUGGCAAAGCUGCGUGCGACAGGCUGGCUGCUGACUGUGCCCAGGAGCUGCGGCGCCACGGGGUCAGCUAUGUGUCUCUGUGGCCAGGGUUGGUGCAGACAGAACUACUGAAGGAGGUUGUGAUGAAAAACAACAAUGCUGAUGAUCCCUUGUUGAAGCAGUUCAGAUCUGAUUUCAGCUCUGCAGAGACCACAGAAAUGAGUGGCAAAUGUGUGGUGGCUUUGGCAACAGACCCCAAUAUCCUGAGCCUGAGUGGGAAGGUGCUGCCAUCUUGUGACCUUGCUCGACGCUAUGGCCUUCGGGAUGUGGAUGGCCGCCCCGUCCAAGACUAUUUGUCUUUGAGCUCAGUUCUCUCUCAUGUCUCCACCAUGGGCUGGCUGGCCUCCUACUUGCCUGGCUUCCUCCGUAUGCCCAAGUGGAUUAUGACCCUCUACACUAGCAAAUUCUAACCCUCCUGGCCUGACCUCACAACUGUUCUCCCUUGGGCUAUGUGGUAGGGCCUGACUCCGUGAAACAAGUCAGCCUCUCCUGCCUACCUCAUACCCUUGAUAUGAAGAGAAGACCUCCACUGUAUGUCCUGGGUGAGCCCUCGGGGCCCUUAGAUACUUCUUUAUGCCUUAAUUUUACUUGCCCCUACAUUUUACUUUUUGCCUUAGUAUUGAAAAACAUCCUGCAGGCUAAUAAAAGUCUCAUUUCUCUUUCAACAAA